AUGCCAGUCCCAACAGCAACCGCCGGAGCCUUCACGUGCGACGGGGUCGAAAGAAACAAUUUUUGCUGCUCUUCGGGGUGCCGGCAAUGCGGAGGUUCGAAUUGCAGCAAGCAAGAGCAGAGCGGGCUCACCGGCGAAGACUGCUGCCAAAACCGGAUCACCGCCUCUGGUCGUCUCUGCUCGGUCACUCGGGAAGCCCCAUGCUACAUGGACGGCGGAGACUCGCCCGCCCCGGCGCCCCCAACUCCCACACCUACGCCUUCCCCGACAGCCCCUUCGUCUUCUCCGUGGGCGGCACCGGCAUCUAGCGCGUACGGGGGUAUCCCCGCCGUCAUCCCCGGGAUGGUCCAGGCGGAGAAGUUUGACCAUGGUGGAGAGGGGGUGUCCUAUUCGGACACUACUCCGGGCAACAGUGGAGGAGUUUUCCGACCGAACGAGGAUGUUGACAUCUCCGGGGGUCACGAUGACUACCACGUUGCGUGGAUCAGGGCGACCGAGUUCCUGCGAUACACGGUGAACGUCGAGAAAGCCGCCUCGGCGUUCGACUUCACCUUUCAGGUGGCGACUAUCCCCUCGUAUCACGACUCUGGAUCCUUCCGUGUAGUCACUGGUGGAACCGGGUGCGAUGACUACACAAGCGAUCUCAGCGGCCUCGUAGUGGUGCCGUCCACCGGAGGAUGGGGGACCUUUGCGUCGUUGCCUGUAUCUGGAGGAGGCAACAACGGCUUGGGUGUAGGGCGCGCUACCCUUUGGCUGUGCAUAGUCUCGUCGCAUUUUAACUUGGACUCCUUCACCAUGGAGGCAGUACUUCCCCCAACACCGAGCCCGUCACACGAAGAAGAGGCGUUUGGUGGCAUUCCUGCGGUUAUUCCGGGCACUAUUCAGGCAGAAGAUUUUGACAGCGGCGGAGAGGGGGUUGGGUACUCGGAUACGGAUACACCCAAUAACGGAGGGGCGUACCGAUUGGAAGAAGGUGUUGACAUCUCAGCGAUGGAGAGCCAAAAUGCUUACAACGUCGGGUGGACAAGACCCGGUGAAUUCCUGCGCUACACAGUCACCGUCGAGGAAGCUGCCUCGGCGUUCGACUUUAGAUUUCAGGUGGCGGCUCCACCUGCCUAUCACAACUCUGGAUCCUUCCACGUGGUAACAGGCGGCACGGGGUGCGACGAUUUCACAACAGACCUUAGCGGCCUCGUGACGGUGCCUUCUACCGGAGGAUGGGGAAGCUUCGCAAGCUUAUCCGUCUCAAACAAAGGAACAGGUGGUCUUUCCUAUGGACAUGCCAAAAUUUGGCUGUGUGUGGUCUCCAAGGGCUUCAACAUUGACUCCUUCACGAUGACGGCGACCGCCUAGUGCACCACUGACAUACUACAUGAGCAAGCGCUGGUCGGAUGUCCAUGGGUUCACACGUUCACAACUAAUGCGUUGUACUACGCCACACUUGUAUACUGCGCUCUGCCACACUUGUAGAUUGUAUAUCGUAUUUUGGUGGGUACGGAAUCACAACCUAUGCCGGAAGCACUGGUCGCUCCUUCAACGGAAGUCACAAGAAACGGUAACAUUUCGCUCUCGGUAGAGUGUUCGUGCUUGGGGCCCUAUGAGGAUCUGGUUCUUUCAUGAUUGCCGGAGUAGAAGUUGGAUGUCGGGGCGAUGUAAUGUAUCCCCGCAGAGGUUGUGGGCUCGACAAGAGGGGUUCGUAACAGUGCCUUGUGAAAUUUUUCCACGGGCACACGUUAUGGACACACACCAGGUCAAGCGCAGUGACAUCGUUGAGUGAAGGCCAACACAUGGUUCGACGGCAACGGUAGCGGGCCACAUGUUUCAGGAAUGCUCCCGCAUCCACUACGUUUUCGGCUUCGGGUGCUGUUGUCUGCUCUCUCUGGCUUCUUGCGUGUCCUUUUUUUGG